GGCGCCGCCACAGGAGCCGAGGGGCUCCGCAGACUCGUCGGUCACCACCCGGACGCCAGUGCCCACUGUGUCGUCCGUAUCCCAUGAGCUGCCUGUCUCGCCGGGGCAGGUCGCCGAGCCUCCGGGCAAGAGCCUGUGGGAGCAGAUCUGCGAGGGUUGAUUCACCAUUCGAGGAAACAGUUUCGCAUGGCGUCAAUACAGAGCAUUAUUUUCCAGUCCCCCGUUUAACUGUGUUCUCACAUGUACCCUGUCCUCAAGAUAAACUGGAAACAGCUGAUCCAAAAACAUGUUCCCCCAAAGAGUAUUUGGAAACUUUCAUCUUUCCAGUUCUGCUUCCCGGAAUGGCUAGGCUGCUUCACCAAGCAAAGAAAGAAAAAUGUUUUGAGAGAAAAAGGACAAAAUUCAUUGCCUGUGAUUUUCUGACCGAAUGGUUAUACAACCAAAAUCCAAAGAGGAUAGGGGAGCCAUUCACAGAGUUCUUCUCCAUUCCAUUUGUGGAAGAGUGGCUAAAGCACUACCCGAGGCCACCAAUCCCACUCUCCCUCCUGCUGACAGAAGAGGAAGCAGCACUCUGCAUUCAGUCCUUCUGGAGAGCUUAUCUGGUUCGCUGCGACCCUGAGAUUCAAGAAUUACGUCAGUGGCAGAAGAAACUGCGUGAGGACAAGCACAUUCACCAGCGAGUCCAAAUUUUCUGGGCCAGACAAGAACAAAAAGUGAAAUGCAAAAUGGAGGACGAGGAGGCACCUGCAGCCAAGAUUCCAGCACCUUAAGCACCAUUGGUGUCUUUUCCUGUCUGAGUGUGAAUUACUCGAUGCAAAGAAAAUGUCCCAGUUAUGCUUCCUCUAUUGUGAUUUCUUUAACAAGACUGGGCACAUGGGAAAAUGGAAUCGUUUCCAUGCAAGAUAGGAUUUGCUGCAAACAUAGUGUAGUGCACUUUAUAAAAGAAAAUACCAGUCUUAACAUUCUGCAUCAUCCCCAGUUUUUAUUCUUCCAUCCAGAUUAUUUUUUCAGUGCUUCAAGAGCAUCCUUCCUCACCAAUCCCUAUUAAUAUGUACAAUGAACUCUAGUCCCAAGAGACGUAGACAUGUUCAUUACUAGUUUCCCACUUUUGGCUGCCUUUGCAAAGAUCCAUAUUUUAAUUUAAGUCACAAACCUCUGAGUUGGGUUUUAAGUUUACCUGGUGACUAUUCUUUUUUUUUUUUAUAAAAAAGACAAUAUUUUUUAUAAUCAUUUCCAAAGGAGACAG